CACAAUCUACAAGAGGGGUUAGAGGAGGUAUAGCUACGCCACUGCCAAGAUAGAAAGCGAAUGUUUACCCUCUACUCUCUCCAUGUGAAGAGGAUUAACCAAAUCCAAGUGAAAUAAAUCAAACUCCCGCGGAGUCAACUGUCCAUCUCACCUACACGUAAUCGAAGCAGACUUAAUCCUUCGUGCGACGUCCAUGGCGAAUUGUGUAUAAAUUCUUUUGAAGGGGUGGCUUUUGGUCAGAAGCGCGUCGCAAACAUGGGCAGAGUCACACUUACCAAUUCCUUCGUGCUUCUUGCAGUCCUCUUGUACUCUGUCAUAGAACGAACAGAAUCUUCAGAUCCAACAACAUUAAAUCUCCACAAUGAGAAGGAAGCAUCUCCGAUGUGGUUUGGACCAAGAAUUGGUAGAAAAAAGAGAAACCAAGAGAACAGGGGCUACAGAAACGAUAGGGACCAAUCUGGUGGUCUUAUGGACAUUUUAAGAAAUGGACCUGUUCUGGUUAUGUCCAUGAGCGAAGCUUCCAAGCAACGCGACUUCAUUCCAAGACUAGGAAGAGAAUCAGCAGAAGCAGUACCAAAAUGGCUGGACGACUCGGAAUUUAGCGAAGGGGAACCACUGUCCACAAGGAACACGAACCCUUAUACUCCCCGUUUAGGGAGAAGUAAUUUUUCUUUGUUUUUCCCCCGUUUGGGCAGAGAACUUGAAUGAUAUUAAAAGACAUGAUACUACCCAUUGCCAAUAAAAUUGAUAACGACUUAUAUGUUAACUCAUAUUCUUAUGAAACUUUAAUAAAGACUUCUAAU